AUGAGGCUUCCUUCUGAAAUUCUUUUUAUAUUUGCUUAUCAUGCUGUUCCUGAAAUCUUGGAAUUUGAUCUAUUAAGAUCUCCACCAAAUAGAGAUGAUGAAGUUAUAUCAAAGAGUGUUGUUGAAGAGAUAUUACUGGUUGCAGAAAUUCCAGAAGUAGAGUCAAUCAUUAACGAAUGUGGUUUACGUUCAAAACUUAAAUACCCACUAGAUUAUGGUCUUUAUAGUGAAUUUUUAAUUAGAAGACUGCGAGGAAAGCUCCAUUAUCUCAACAAAACAGUGCCAACAAAUUUUCAUGAGUUUAUGCUAUGGUUAAGUUGUGACAUAAGAUCUGUUGUUUCUAUUGAUGGAAAACUUGAGUUGAAGUCUCCGAUAAGUAGGAAAUUGAGCACAAUUGAAAAAAGUUAUGCUAUUUUGAUGAAAUCUAGAUCAAUUUUGAUUACCAUUGCUCCCAGGAAGGGUUUUAACUUGAAUCCCAACAAAGAGAUAAAGACCUUUUACAUAACAGUUCCAAAAUCUGCUUUAGUUUAUGUCGAUCCAGAUGAUAUUUUCAACGAGGAACUCAAUCUUGAUGUACUAGAAAGUCUUUUAUCUAAUUUAAAAUUAUUGAAUGCUGAUCAAUUUGGGCUUUCUUUCUUGAGUUACAAUAUCGAGGAAAGUCAUUCAUCAAAUUCCAAAGAUUACGAGGGCCUGAAAUAUGAGAAUACGUUGGUAUGUCGAGAACCCUACAAGGAAUCUGAUGGAACUUAUAAAGGUUUUGAUAAUCGAGUUGAAUUUCAUUUGAAAUUAUUAAGAGAAUAUCACAAGAACCCAAGUAACGUCAAAGAGUCAAGAAACAAACAAAUGUAA